AUGGAUAUAACGCGUCAAUUAAUUCCAGUAAUACUACAGCUUCACAUACUCUUGACUGCACAUGUUGAUGCCCAACACGGCACUGUUGGUAGACCAUGUGAGGUGUCAACUGACUGCGGUACUGGUAAUUAUUGUGCUGGGAACAAACGCUGUGCGUGCCUGACAACUUAUGUUGAAAUUGACUCCUAUUGUUGGAGAAAAAUCAAUCCUGGCGAGUCUGGAUGCACACAAAAUAGGCAAUGCGAAGCUGUUUGGCCAGGCGCAUAUUGCAGGUCCGGUGAAUGUCGAUGUGCCAACAAUCAGCCUCCAUUCAGAACCCGAGAUGGACUUGUUUGUCUUAAUUAUGGCUUCUGUCCUCUGAAUGGUAACAACCCAAAGUUCCGCAUUGAGAACCAAGUGCAGCAGUGCUAUGGAGGAGCAGACGCAACAUGCGAAGCUAUUGGAGCUUUAGCGUAUGAUUGUAUCUGUGACAGCGAUGACUGUACUGUUAACAACCCGAUCAGCUUCUGUUGUCCUUCUCGAGCGUUUGCUUGCAUUCAACCACCAAAUGAAGGUUAUACUCCACCUGGUGGUGGCACAACCUUAAAUCACUGGUACCACGACCCUAUCACAGGUGAAUGUCGUGAACUGAAAUAUCAGGGUUAUGGUGGCAAUGCAAAUAAUUUCCAAACCAAGGAUCACUGCGAAAGUUAUUGCAAACAGACAUGCAACCGUGGCCUACCGUUGUAUCGUGAUCGCACAACUGGCGUCAAACAAGAGCCAGUUUACUGUCAAGGAAACGACAAUGGUUGCAAUAAUCCUAACUAUGUUUGUACAACCAUGGGAACACUACAACAGUGUUGUCCAACAUAUCUUCAUAUAUGCUCUAAAAAUGGAGCCAUUCCAACCGAAGUUUAUAAUACGGCUGGUGGUGUACCAACCGAAUAUUUUGAUGUUGGUAUACCAGAUGGUUCUGGUAAUACGUACCCUCGUUUCUAUUACGAUUCAAGGGAAGGUCGCUGCAUCCAGUUUUCGUAUCUUGGUCAAGGUGGUAAUUUCAACAAUUUCCUUUCGCAAGAUCACUGUGAGAAAUUUUGCUCCAGAAUUUUGUGCAGUGCUGGUGAGCCUUUGAAGGACAGCAGCGGUGAGCGAAAUAUGGAUUGUUCUCCAACUGGAUCUGGCUCCAAUACAUGUCCCUCAACGCAUAGUUGCGAGUCUACAUCAGGAUCUACGACAUUUGGUGGAGUUUGCUGUCCACGACCACAGUACGUGUGUAAACUACCUCGUGAACAAGGCAACUGUGGCACCUACAGCAACAGGUGGUGGUUCAAUGCAAAAACUGGUAACUGCGAAGAAUUCAUUUAUUCGGGCUGUCAAGGAAAUGCAAACAACUUUGAGUCAUACAAAGAGUGCCAAGAUUAUUGUCGUGAUGCCAGAAGCGAACCACAGUGCAUCCAAGGAACAGCACUUACGGAUUCUAAUGGCAACUUUAUUAUUUGUGGUGGAGCAACAUCCGUUACUACUACAUGCCCGGCAAAUCACUACUGCUACUACGACGGGACGACGUAUGGCUGUUGUCCAACGCAAGCCUAUACAUGCUCCUUAUCUUACAAGAGUGGAGCAACUUGUGGUCCAGCAGUUACGCGAUGGUACUACGACUCAACGACUCGUACCUGCCAAACUUUUUCAUUUAACGGUUGUGAUGGUAAUUCCAACAACUUUGCCACUCAACAAGACUGCAAAGACUACUGUAGAGUUGAAAGUUGUCCAGACGGUGGAGAGGUGUGGAAAGAACCAAACGGCGCGGCUCGCAGCUGUACAUCAAACAGGCAAUGUCCAGCAACUCACUACUGCACUCCAGUUACCACUUGGACAGGGACGGUUUAUCAAACCAAGUCCUUAUGCUGUCCAUCAAAGAAUUACGUCUGCAGUCAACCUCGUGAUGUCGGUGUGCGGUGCAGUUCUACUCGUAUUACUCGAUAUUACUUCAACGCAGAUACUAAAACAUGUCAAACAUUUGAAUACAACGGCUGCGAAGGUAAUCGCAACAACUUUGCAAGCCAGAAGUCGUGUCAGAAUUAUUGUUUGUCUGAAGCUUGUCCACCUGGAACUGUAGUAGCAAAAGAAGCAGAUACUCAGCGUCUUACUCAAUGUUCUAAUCCUGGUGGUUCAGGAAGAGUGUCCGGCGGCUGUCCGGAUGGAUAUACUUGUUACAGCAGUCCGCUGCUUGACCAAAAUGUUUGCUGUGGUGCGUCAACGGAGCUGCAGUCUUUAUGCCCAGCAAGUUCAACACCAUUUAUCUCGGCACUGUCCCUGCAACCAAUGCAGUGUACACCAAAUGUUGAUGGUGCUUGUCCAGGCAACUUCUUCUGUUGGUUCUCUACCACUACAACGGCCGUCAACGCUUUUUACUGCUGUCGAUCUCCAGAUUCAGUCGACACUGGUUAUUGUCCGCCACAGCUUGUUCCUGUACCUGGAGAAGGUGGAGCUCAGUAUAGAUAUUGCAGUCCUUCGGCUCCUAUCAACGAUGCUAUUCAAGGUUGUGGUGCCAAUCGUCAUUGUCAGUUCUCUACAAAUCUAGAGAGGUACAUAUGCUGCGGCCUCGAAAGUGAUGUUAGACUACCAAACGUUUGUCCACCACAACCAGCUAAUUUGGUUCCGGUGGAAUUAGCAGGUAAUUACCGUACAUGUAACCCGUAUGCUAGGGCUGGAACGCCUCAGUCUUGUCCAGACAAUUCUGCCUGUCUUUAUACCGGUGCAAUUGUCGUCUUCCGGAGCUGCUGCUGCUCAUUCGUCUUUAAUAACAGCAAAACACGAAAAUGA